UGACAGUCCGCGCUUUGCAGACACCAUUACAAUUGAUAGCGGAGGUUUUUGGUGACGCUUAGCUUUUUCACCGAGUGACAGGAAGUUUUUCAUUAGAUUUCCGGUUCUUAUCAUCGCGUGUGGUGUUUAUUUCUGAUCUAAUUUUACCCUCAAAGCUGCAAGAUGUCGCAGCCAACGGUGGCGUCGUACUUUAACACCCGAAAACGAGCAGCAUUAGACAACCUAGGUGGUGCUGGUAGGCAAAAGGUACUGGUAUUGGAUAGCCCUUCAGUAGAAACCAUUGGAAACUUGACGAACAGUUCGCUGAACUCGGAUCACGAAGGACUUCGCUUCGUACUAGCUAACACACCCAACUUUACUUUGAAGAACGUCGAUGGCAACGGAAGCAGCAACGGUGCCAGCUCACCGGAUCCGGCUGAGCUGGGGCGUCGCAUCACCAGAGCAUCGCGGGCCAUUAAACGCAUCGGUCCUGUCGAGCUGGAUGAGAAAACCAAAGCCCUACUGUCCACCGUCCAGCCGAAACUCGUUUCGUUCGUCAAAAAGGGCAAUUUGUCACCGCAGAAGCGUCACCAUGAUGCACCAAGUCCCGUCAAGCGUCCUAUUGUGCCAGCGAAAAAAGCCAGCACACCGCAAAAAGAGGCGGUACCAGUUUCUUCGACGGCGGCAGCCUCUCCAGCCAGAGCAGAAUUUUCCCCUCGUACUAAUGCACAAAAUGUGGAAAAGGCAGGCCCGAGCAAAGCUAACGUCUCGAGAGCACCACAGCUGGGCAAGGACAAAGAUUCGCUUUCCUUGGAAGAAAUUCGUUCCAAGCUGCUUAAUCACCCGCGUCUGACGGAAUUAAAAACCAAACUAAACAAAAUUCAGAGCACAAAGGACUCAUUGAAGCGAUUGGAGGAGGAAUGUCUGCAAGAACCGACCACGCCGCCAAGUCCGGGCACGGCCCUUAAAAAUCUCCAGAAAUUUACCACCCUCGACGUGGAAGUAUUGGUGAGCCCAAAGAAGCAGCACACGUCUCCGACGCCGAUCCUACGCACACCUACCAAGAGCAGUUCGGCUUCCCCGUCCAAUAAUGUUACUCCCAAGCGGCUGUCGAACCUAAUGAGCCCAAUUAAGAGUUCCUCAACUGCCACGCCCGUUACGGAUGGUAGUCCGAAGAAAUUGCCCGCCUAUCAGCGCUUCCAGGCCUUGACGGUGGAAGGAACACCCUCCUUACAGUUGCCCUACAAGUAUCGUUCGCUGCUGGAGCUAUUUAAAUGCAUCGACACUGUCUGCGCAAUGUUCCACAACCGCAAGGAGCAAAUUACCUUUAAAAAGCUUAAGCCAGCCGUGCAGCGGAUGGCAAGGAAAAACUUUUUUGAGUCGCAUCUCGCACAAAUCCACCACCUCUUCCCCGAGGCGUUUCUGCUGAGCCAGGAAAUGACAAAGAACUACGGUUCGGCUACCAAACACGAAACCUAUCAGCUGGUCAUUCGGCCCAAUGUAAAAGAGAAACCACAAAAAACACCAAAAGAAGCUGAAGACGACUUCCUUGCAACGCUAAAGAACCAUGCCAUGGAUCCGCAGGUGAUGACGGAGCGCUACCAACGAUUCCAUCGUCUGCUACUAGAGAAAGUCCAGGAUGCCCAUCAGGUGUUCCUGUUGAGCUGUAACCCACCAAUAAAAAUCAACCGGGAACAGGUACGACGUUGGCACGUCGAUUUCAACUUGGAGCAAUGCCCUGAAAUCGAACAGGCGGUGCUUCCGCAGGCACCAAACGUGGAACGAUUUUCCUCCGCCAAGGAUGUGCUUUCGACGGCGAGAAACCUUUUCAACUGUAGCACAACCAUGGAACGUGCGCUAGAGCGACUGGAGGAAAGGAAACGUCAAGCGUCAGCUGCGGCCACAAGUGUGGCGACACAAUCGAUUGGCAAUGGUGCGGAAGAUAAGAAGCCAGAAACCACCAAACUAGCGGUCGGCACAGCAUCCAGUGGGGACGAUCAAUCCGCCAACGAGAUGCUCGCGAACGCACUGAAAAAUGUCCCGAAAGCGCUGCUGGAAAGGAUUCGCGCCAAACAGGCAGCCAAAGCGCUAGACCAAAUGACAAGGCGACCGUCGCAGGACAAAGAAGCCAUGAAGUACAGUCGUCUGCCGGAAAUUGCUCGUCAUUUGCGUAACGUGUUUGUUACCGAGCGCAAGAACGUGUUGCCGCUGGAGACGCCGUUGGUGAAAAUCGAAAAUAGUUACAGAGGAAAAUUGACCCUGCAGGAGCUGGAGGAACACGUCAGAAUGAUUGCCCAACUCGUGCCGUCUUGGCUAACGCUGCCGGAAGUUCGGAAGGUGAAGUACGCCAAAGUAGCUAAAGACGUCGACCUGGCCAAGGUAAUUAGCAUUCUCGAGCAGAAAGCCAACGAAGCGGUGCAGUAGAUUAUGUUAACGGAUUGAAGACGUUUUUUACUCGCUGCCGAUGUACGUACAGUCGUUACCACUCCUUGCCAUGAACUUCGGGUAUUGCGCCGUCGAACCGUUGUUUGAGCAAACUCGCAACAUUUCCCAGGAAAGAACAAGUCGCAAACGCUGAGCGAGUUUGCUCCUACAACAAACUAGCAGCUUAAUAGCCGAAGAUCAUGGCACGAACGGAGUGGGAAUGACUGUAUUUGAAGCAAUUGUUUUAUUCGGAUUAUUUUUUACGGACCUAGUUUUCUUCAUUAUCAAUAUCUGUUUCGUGGUUUAGCAAUUUUUUUACAUUUCAAC